AUGACUGGACCCGGAAAAUCAAUCAUCAUCAUCAUCAUCAUCAUCAUCAUCAUGAGAUUGUUUCUGGUUUUACCUCAUCUGCUGGUGUUCAUAUCAGUGUUUUCUCUCAGAUCAGGAAUCUUCUACCCAUUCGGUUCAGCAGCAGGAGACUCAAUAAACCCUGCUGCUGAUGAUAGAAGCUCCUCUGGUAUUACACUGUUGAGUCCCUUUCUGUUCUUUGGACGAACAUAUAAGCAGAUUUACGUUAAUAAUAAUGGAGACCUCACAUUCAGCCAGGCUUUUUCACAGUUUGUUCCCUACUCAUUUCCUGCUAAUGAAAGUCAAGAUAUAAUUGCUGGACUCUGGACUGACCUUGAUAACAGAGCAAGUGGAGUCAUCUCUUAUCAUCAAUACACUAAUGGAAGUGUUCUCACUCGCGCCACUCAGGAUAUAAACACUUAUUUCCCAAAUCUGCCCUUCACUGCUUCUUGGGUCUUUGUUGCAACAUGGGAUAAAGUACCUUACUAUCUCUCUACAACAGAAACAUCAUUUCAAGUGGUUUUAAUCUCAGGCAGUAAUUAUUCAUUUAUUCUGAUGAAUUAUGGAGACAUUGCUGCAACUGAACGAAGAGUGGAGGCUGGUUAUGACACUGUAAACUCCACAAAUUACUUUGUGAUUUGUGGAUCAAACAAUGGAAGCUCAAUCUCAAACCUCAACACCUCCAGUAAUGUCAAUGUUCCAGGCCGAUGGGUCUUCAGGGUGGACGGUGGAUCUCAGACAGGAUCAGGAAUCUUCUACCCAUUCGGUUCAGCAGCAGGAGACUCAAUAAACCCUGCUGCUGAUGAUAGAAGCUCCUCUGUUAUUGCACUGUUGAGUCCCUUUCUGUUCUUUGGACGAACAUACCAGAAGAUUUAUGUUAAUAAUAAUGGAGACCUCACAUUCAGCCAGGCUUUUUCACAGUUUGUUCCCUACUCAUUUCCUGCUAAUGAAAGUCAAGAUAUAAUUGCUGGACUCUGGACUGACCUUGAUAACGGAGCAAGUGGAGUCAUCUCUUAUCAUCAAUACACUAAUGGAAGUGUUCUCACUCGCGCCACUCAGGAUAUAAACACUUAUUUCCCAAAUCUGCCCUUCACUGCUUCUUGGGUCUUUGUUGCAACAUGGGAUAAAGUACCUUACUAUCUCUCUACAACAGAAACAUCAUUUCAAGUGGUUUUAAUCUCAGGCAGUAAUUAUUCAUUUAUUCUGAUGAAUUAUGGAGACAUUGCUGCAACUGAACGAAGAGUGGAGGCUGGUUAUGACACUGUAAACUCCACAAAUUACUUUGUGAUUCCUGGAUCAAACAAUGGAAGCUCAAUCUCAAACCUCAACACCUCCAGUAAUGUCAAUGUUCCAGGCCGAUGGGUCUUCAGGGUAGACGGUGGGCCUCAGACAGCAACUACAACAACAACACCAACUACAACCACUCAAACAACACCUACAACAACUACUACAACACCUACAACAACUACAACACCUACAACCACUCAAACAACACCUACAACACCCACAACCACUCAAACAACACCUACAACACCCACAACCACUCAAACAACACCUACAACAACUACAACACCUCCAGUAACUACAACAAUGUCUCCUACAACAACACUGCCAGCACCACAAAUCUUCUACGCAUUCGGUUUAGCAGCAGGAGACUCAAUAAAUCCUGCUACUGAUGAUGGAAGCUCCUCUGUUAUUACACUGUUGAGUCCAUUUCUGUUUUUUGGACGAACAUGCAAGCAGAUUUAUGUUAAUAAUAAUGGACUCCUCACAUUCAGCCAGGCUUCUUCACAGUAUGCUCCCAACUCAUUUCCAUCUUAUGGAAGUCAAGAUAUAAUUGCUGGACUCUGGACCAACCUUGAUAACCGAGUAAGAGGAGUCGUCUCUUAUCAUCAAUACACUAAUGGAAGUGUUCUCACUCGCGCCACUCAGGAUAUAAACAAUUAUUUCCCAAAUCUGACCUUCACCGCUUCUUGGGUUUUUGUUACAACAUGGAAUAAAGUGUCUUAUUACAGCUUGACCAACACAGAAACAUCGUUUCAAGUGGUUUUAAUCUCAGGCAGUAAUGAUUCAUUUAUCCUGAUAAAUUAUGGAGACAUUGCUGCAACAGGACAUGCAGUGGAGGCUGGUUAUGACACUGUAAACUCCUCAAAUUACUUUGUGAUUCCUGGAUCAACCAAAGGGAACUCCAUCUCAAACCUCAACACCUCCAGCAAUGUCAAUGUUCCAGGCAGAUGGGUCUUCAGGGUGGACGGUGGACCUAAAGUCAGCAUUGUGAAAAUGUGUGUGUGCGCGUGUGUGUGUGUUGCUGGAAUUCCAGUGAGAUAUAAAUCAGUUUUGGACCUCACGGAGAAUGGAAAUGCUGAAAUGAAGUUACAGCAAAUCAAACAGGAGCUGUGCAGGACAGGACAGUCAAGUGAUAUAAACCUGGCGAUUAAACAAGUGCAAAAUAUCAAUCCAUAAUAUCAGCAAACAUCCCUGCUCGCUGAUGAUACAAAACAUUUGAUUGAUUUUUAAAGAAUUUGCAUAAUUUCAUUUAAAAUAUUUACAAUGGUCAAAAACAGGUUGUGAAAUAUUGUAAAAAGCAUUGCCCCUCAUUUUUGCCACAUUAAGAUCUUAUCAAAAAUCAUUCUUCAGCUUAAAUCAGUUUAGGGUUCAUUCAUUUGUUGUUGUUCAAUAACUGUAUAAUUAAUCAGUUAUGAGAUUAAUUAAAUUCAUCUUUAAGAAGUUCAGUUUGAGUCUGUUCAGUUCACAAACAAGAAAGAAUUGAUUAAGUUAGCGACCGCUUUUAUUUUCUCAAACUUCAGAUUUUAAACUACACAAAUAUAACAUUUGUUUCUUCAAAUUUUGUUUUACCAAACAAACAAAAUACAAAUUUUAAAGCGAGUUUGGCAUCUACCCCAGUGUCAGUGUAGUUAAAUUAAUAAUCAAUGAAUAUUAAAUGAUUUUUAAAGCACCUGAUAAUGAUGUAAUAAUGAGGUUGUUUAAGUCUAAAGCAGCGUUUCCCAACCCUGUUCUACACCAACAGUACCUAUUGUAGAUGUCUGUAUCUGUC